AUGAUGAAUCCUCUAUUGUUCUUUGUGAUCUGCUGCUUGGGAUUAAUUGCUGUGACACUGAGUGCUCCUCAGUAUCCCGGCUAUGGUUAUGGUGGAUAUGGCUUUGCUCCGUUUGGUGGCUAUGGAGGCGGUGGUUAUGCGUCCUCGAGUGCAGCAGCUAGCAGCAGUGCGGCUAGUUAUCAAGGAUUCGGUGGCGGUUAUCCUGGCUAUGGAUAUGGUGGAUAUGGCUAUAAUCGUUUUGGUCAACAAUUUAAUCAACAAUUUAGCAACUUUAAUAACUAUGGCUACGGCGGCUACGGUGGUUAUCCAUUUGGCUAUGGCAAAUGA